AUGAAACGUUCGCUUUCUCCAUCGUCUCCUAUCUCCACUUCAUCCCCCUUUCGUAUCAAUCAUGUAAUAUCCAUCCAAAUCACAGCGCGCUUUUCUGACUCGAGGCCUCGCCGCCGCAUGAGUAAUCUUUAUCUCUUUCCUCAUUCUCUGGAUAUAGCAGUUCUUCCUUGAAUAUUUUGUUGACCUUUAUUUCUUCUUCUUGAUUCACAUAUUCGCUUCAUACCUCUAUCGCUAGGUCCGUCUUCAUUUUUUCAGCGGGGAUUUUCUGAUUAGGAUCAGUCAACUUGUUUAUCGAGGUCCUCCAGAAUCUUAUAUCUGCUUGUGGUUUGCUUGCUUGCUUCUCGAUUUCUCUUGGGUGCACAGGAAGUUGGGAUCUGGGAUUAAAGAUUUUAUUCCUUAUUCUUGGAGUUUUCUUGUACUCUAAUUCGUUUGAUAUAGAGAACUGGGGAAAUUUCAUGUACGAGUUUUGGAGUUGAUCAAGUGAAUUAUUUUGUGAUUCCUCUGUAAAUAAGUCUCUUUUUUGUUGUCAUGAUUUGUCAUAGAUGCCAAGGAUACCUAAAUCGCCAAAUUUGCUGUCUUGCACAUUUUACUCUUUGGAUAGCCAGAAUGUCCGUGCAUUUCAUAAAAUUCAGCACAACUUAUUUCACAUUAUAAUCCAGAACCUAGGAUUCUUGUAAUUAUCUGUUUUCAUCAGUUUCACUUAGAAUUCAGUGUUCACUUGUGAGAACAUACUGUUUGCUUCUUACUUUAGUUAAGGAAUGGAUAUAAGUAACGAGGCCAACGUCAGCCCCUUUUCAAUUGGACCUUCAAGUUUUGUUGGAAAAACAAUUGCUUUUAGGAUUCUUUUCUGCAAGUCUACCUCACAUUUGAGGCAUCAGAUCUUUCGGCUAGUGCUGGGUCUCUUCUAUAGAUUCAGAGCGUGUAUAAAACCCAUUAUAUCAUGGUUGCAUCCAAGAAACCCUCAGGGGAUAUUGGCAAUGAUGACAAUAGUUGCUUUCUCAUUGAAUCGGUACACAAAUGUGAAAGCAAGGGCUGAGAUGGCAUAUAGGAGGAAGUUUUGGAGAAACAUGAUGAGAUCUGCAUUGACAUAUGAGGAGUGGGCUCAUGCAGCUAAGAUGCUUGAUAGAGAAACGCCAAAAAUGAAUGAAUCAGACCUUUAUGAUGUAGAAUUGGUGAGAAACAAACUUCAAGAGCUCCGUCACCGUCGUCGAGAGGGAUCUCUUAGAGACAUUAUAUUUUGUAUGCGUGCUGAUCUUGUUAGAAAUCUAGGCAAUAUGUGUAACUCUGAGCUUCAUAAAGGGAGGCUUCAAGUGCCCAAAUUAAUCAACGAGUAUAUUGAUGAAGUAUCUACGCAGUUGAGGAUGGUAUGUGAUUCUGAUUCAGAGGAGCUGUCAUUGGAAGAGAAGCUAGCUCUCAUGCAUGAAACCAGACAUGCGUUUGGGAGGACUGCUUUGCUGUUAAGUGGGGGUGCUUCUUUAGGAGCUUUUCAUGUUGGUGUAGUGAAAACACUGGUGGAACAUAAACUCUUGCCUAGAAUAAUUGCAGGUUCAAGUGUAGGUUCCAUUAUGUGUUCUAUUGUUGCUACUCGGUCUUGGCCAGAGCUUCAAAGCUUUUUUAAGGAUUCAUGGCAUUCAUUGCAGUUUUUUGAUGAAAUGGGUGGAAUUUUUGCUGUUGUUAAGAGGGUUAUGACAUAUCGUGCUGUCCAUGAGAUCAGACAGUUGCAAAUAAUGUUGAGGCAUUUGACAAGCAACCUUACAUUUCAAGAAGCUUAUGACAUGACAGGUCGAAUUCUUGGGAUAACUGUUUGCUCUCCAAGAAAGCAUGAACCUCCUAGGUGUCUCAACUAUUUAACUUCACCUCAUGUUGUUAUAUGGAGUGCAGUCACCGCUUCUUGUGCCUUUCCUGGCCUUUUUGAGGCUCAGGAAUUGAUGGCUAAGGAUAGAAGCGGAGAGAUUGUUCCUUACCACCCCCCAUUUAAUUUGGGCCCUGAGGAGGGAUCCUCACCAGCACGUCGAUGGAGAGACGGUAGUUUGGAGAUUGAUUUACCUAUGAUGCAGUUGAAAGAGCUGUUCAAUGUCAAUCAUUUUAUUGUCAGUCAGGCCAACCCUCAUAUUGCUCCAUUGUUGAGAUUGAAAGAAUUUGUAAGAGCUUAUGGAGGCAAUUUUGCUGCCAAGCUUGCUCAUCUUACGGAGAUGGAGGUGAAGCAUAGAUGUAAUCAAGUACUGGAAUUUGGUUUUCCAUUAGGUGGACUUGCCAAGUUGUUUGCUCAAGACUGGGAGGGUGAUGUAACUGUUGUUAUGCCUGCUACUCUUGCUCAGUACUUGAAAAUUAUCCAGAACCCAUCCCACGUUGAGCUUCAAAAGGCAGCCAACCAGGGGAGAAGGAGCACUUGGGAGAAGCUUUCAGCCAUAAAAGCAAACUGUGCAAUUGAGAUUGCUCUUGAUGAAUGUGUUGCCAUGCUCAACCACAUGAGAAGACUCAAAAGAACAUCCGAGAGAGCAUCUGCUACUUCUUCUCAUGGUCUGGCCAAUGCUGUCAAAUUCAGUGCUUCAAGAAGAAUCCCUUCAUGGAAUUGCAUGGCACGAGAGAAUUCUGCAAGUUCCCUUGAAGAUUUUUCUACAGAUCCCUCAUUGCAUCAAGGCUCUACUAAGAACUGGAUGACCCACCGUAGCAUCCAUGAUCAUGGAAGUGACAGUGAAUCUGAAAAUGUUGAUCAGAACUCUUGGACACGUUCUGGUGGGCCUUUGAUGAGAACUGCUUCGGCAAAUAAGUUUGUAGACUUCGUUCAGAGCCUAGAUUUCGAUGCUGAGCUAAAUAGAGGUGUUGUGGCUCACUCCAAUCGGCAAGUGGUUCAGUCCAAUCAGAGCUCGAGGGUCUCAACACCUGACAGCAUAAUGGUGAAUGAAGGUGAUCUUUUGCAGCCUGAGAGGAUCCAUAAUGGGAUUGUGUUUAAUGUUGUCAAGAAAGAAGACUUUACGCAACCUAGGACCCAUGACCUUGAGCAUCACAGCCACGAGGUUGCUGAAUGUGUUGUUCAAAGUGACAGUCCAGGGAAGGAGAUGGAUGCUAGCUCUGCUUCUGAUUGUGGAGAUAAUGAUUCUACAACAGCCGAUUCCUUAAUAACUGAUCAUUGUUCCGCUGAUGUGGGUAAGGAUCAGAGCUGUUGAUUAUGAAAUUUCUUCUUUUUCCAGAUGACUUUUAAAAAUUUUUUAAGUUUUUUUUUUACAAUGUAAAUACCACCACGUCUAUCCUAUUCUGCCUGUACAUACUCUUGUGCAUAUCUGUAUCUGUGUAUCUGGAUGCAUGCGUCUAUUUGUGUUUGUACUUUGUCCGGUGUUUUCAAGAUGUAUAUACGCACACAAUAAUUACUGUGGUUA